AUGACGACUCCCCAUCCGACUCCGUCCCUGGACGACAAGUCGCUGGCGGAACCCGACGACGAGCCGCAGUCUCGGUCGCUGUUGGCCCUAUUCCAGAACCGGAAGAAGAAGAAAUUUGACCUGGACGCCAUCGCGACCACGCGGAGCGUCUUCGACGACUCCAACCUGGCGCGCUUCUACCAGCCGCACUCCGACUACGAGAACCUGCAUCGGUUCGAUCCCUCGGAGCGAUGGACUUACCGCGAGGAAAGAGCCGUGCGCCGCAAGACUGAUCUGAAGAUCCUGCUAUGGAUAUUUGUCAUGUUUUUUGGGCUGAACCUGGAUCGAGGCAACCUGGGCAAUGCCUCGGCCGACAACCUCCUCCCCGACCUGGGCAUCAACACCAACGACUACAACAACGCCCAGAACAUGUAUCGCAUCGGCUUCCUCAUCUCGGAGAUCCCCUCGCAGAUGAUCGGAAAGAGACUAGGGCCCGACCGCUGGAUCCCCGUGCAGAUCAUCCUCUGGAGUUUCGCGUCGGGCGGUCAAUUCUUCAUGCACAAUCGCGCAGGCUUCUUCGCCUGUCGCUUUUUCAUCGGUCUGUUCAUGGGCGGCUUCAUCCCCGACGCCAUCCUCUACCUGUCGUAUUUCUACACGAAGCGGGAGAUGCCCAUCCGACUGGCGUUCUUCUGGUUCGUUGAUUCCAUCUCCGGAGUCAUCGCUUCGUUCAUUGCCUACGGCGUACUGCACAUGCGUGGUGUGGAUGGACGAGAGGGCUGGCGUUGGCUGUUCCUGAUUGAAGCCCUCAUCAGCCUUGUUAUUGGCGCGCUCAGCUUUCUGUUUCUGGUGCCCGGUCCCACGCAGACCGCGACGUGGUGGAACCCGCGAGGUUACUUCACCGAGCGUGAGGAGAAGAUCAUCGUGAACCGUGUGCUGCGCGACGACCCGUCCAAGGGCGAUAUGCACAACCGCGAGGCACUGACCCUGGGCAUGCUUUGGAAGAGUCUGAAGGACUACGAUCUGUGGCCGAUCUAUGUGAUCGGGGUCCUGUUCGAGAUCCCCACGUCGCCGCCCAAGUCCUACCUCAGCCUGUCGCUCAAGGCGAUCGGCUUCUCGACCUUCCACACCACGCUGCUCGGCAUCCCUGUCACCGUCUUCUCGGCCAUCAAUCUGCUGCUGGUGACGGAGCUCUCGGAGCGCUGGCGCCAGAUCUGCUACGUCGGCAUCCUGACCCAGCUGUGGUCGCUGCCGCUGCUGAUCGUGCUGUAUCGCAGCGCCAGUGUGCUAUCGCAUUGGGGUCUCUAUGCCGUCACCUUCGUGCUGCUGGGCUGGCCCUCGCCCCACGCAGCCCAUGUCGGCUGGUGUUCGCGACUUAGUAACGCCGUGCGCACCCGUGCCGUCAGCGCCGCCCUGUACAACAUCACAAUCCAGCUGUCGGGCAUCUCUUCUUCGAAUAUCUAUCGCAACGACGAUAAGCCGUACUACCGCCGCGGCGAUGGCCAGCUGAUUGCCAUCAACGUCGCGACCAUUGCCGCCUACGUACUGGCCAAGUUCUACUAUAACAAGCGGAACCAGUGGAAGCAGGACCGGUGGAAAGUCAUGUCCGCCGAGCAGAAGGCAGACUACUUGCAGAAUACAAAGGAUGAGGGUAAUAAGCGCUUGGAUUUUCUGUUCGAUAGCUAG